AUGCGGCAGAUGGUGGAAGUUCCGCGGGAGGAGGAGAUCAGCGUCAGAGAUUGCGAGCGCGUCAGCCGCGACCUGAGUGCGAUCCUGGAUGUGGAAGUGACGUUUCCCCACGCAUACACCCUUGAGGUGUCGUCGCCCGGACUGGACCGCCCGUGCGGCAUCUGGCUGACUGCCAGCGAUCGUGGAGGACGUCAGCGACCCCGCACAUCGGAGAUCUCGCUGCAGGAGGCCCAGGAGCUGUACGGCGACGCCGCCGAGGUAGACAUGGAAAUCGAGUUUCCGAAGUCGACCGAGGUGCUCGGGCGCAUCGCCGCCCAGACCGCCAAGCAGGUCAUUUUCCAGAAGGUCCGCGAGGCCGAGCGGGAGAAACGUCUACGCAGAAGCGCUGCUGCCGCGCCGCGAGCAGUCGCGCGCGGAGAACUACACGACCGGCGACCGAGUCCGCGCCGUGAUCGGGAAGUGAACAAGAACGUCAAGGGCCCGCAGUUGAUCCUGUCGCGCACCGACCCGGUGCUGCUGAUCAAGCUGUUCGAGCAGGAAGUUCCGGAGAUCUACGACGGCACGUGUAUGAUUCGCGGCGCCGUGCGGGAAGCUGGCGAUCGGGCCAAGGUUGCCGUCUACUCGCGGGAGCGCGACGUCGAUCCGGUCGGCGCCUGUGUCGGCAUGAAGGGCACGCGCGUGCAGGCGAUCAUUCGGGAAUUACGGGGCGAGAAGAUAGAUAUCGUCGAGUGGUCCGACGACGCGACCUUGUUCGUCACCAAUGCUAUCAGUCCAGCCCGUGUCCAGCGCGUCACGGUGGUCGAUGAGAUGGAGCGGGUGAUAGAGGUGAUCGUCGAGGACCGUCAGCUCUCAUUGGCGAUCGGCAAGAAGGGCCAGAACGUGCGGCUGGCGGCCAAGCUCACCGGCUGGAAGAUAGACAUCAAGAGCGAGGAAGAAAAGCGGCGCGAGGUCGAGGCCCAGUUCGACGGCCUGGCCGCAGGACAAUCCGGGACCCUGACGCUGCCGGCACUUGACGAAGAUCAGAUCCGGAAACUGCACGACGCCGGACUGACCACGGCUGACCAGCUGAGUGCCGCGACUAUCGAGAAAUUGGCGGCGGUGACAGGCGUCGACGAGGAUGCCGCCUGGAGGGUGAAGCAGGCGGUACAGGAACAGAUGGAGGCGAGCCAGCGGGCGGCGGACGAGGCCGCGGCGGACGACAACGAGCAGGAGACGGCGGACGACGCGCCAGGUUCGACCGAGCCAGAAGCUGACGGGCCGUCCGGAGACCAGACAACGCGCUGA